ACUCAUUCAAAAGUCUUGUUAAGGUUAAGAGUCCGCCUGCGGCACAUUUCGAGCAAGUGAGCUUGUUAAUUUACAUCAAGUCAAAUCGGAAGUGUUUCAACACACAGCAUUAUUUUUUGAUUAUUAAACUUAUUACAAUCAAAUAAAAAAACCGUAAAAAUAUGUUCCGUUUACCCGUUUCACUUGCACGCACCUCCAUCAGCCGGCAGCUGGCGAUGCGCGGCUAUGCAAAGGAUGUUAAAUUCGGCGCUGAGGUGCGCGCCAUGAUGCUGCAGGGCGUCGAUGUGUUAGCCGAUGCUGUGGCCGUGACCAUGGGACCCAAGGGUCGCAACGUGAUCAUUGAGCAGUCGUGGGGAUCGCCAAAGAUCACCAAGGAUGGCGUGACAGUGGCCAAGGCCAUUGAGCUGAAGGACAAGUUCCAGAAUAUCGGCGCCAAACUGGUGCAGGAUGUGGCCAACAAUACCAAUGAGGAGGCCGGCGAUGGCACCACCACGGCCACCGUGUUGGCUCGUGCCAUUGCCAAGGAAGGCUUUGAGAAGAUCUCAAAGGGCGCCAAUCCCGUUGAGAUUCGUCGCGGCGUCAUGGUCGCCGUCGAGACCGUCAAGGAGAACCUGAAGACCAUGUCGCGUCCCGUCAAGACUCCAGAAGAGAUUGCCCAGGUGGCAACCAUCUCGGCAAACGGUGACCAGGCCAUCGGCAAAUUGAUCAGCGACGCCAUGAAGCGUGUUGGCCGCGAUGGCGUCAUUACCGUCAAGGAUGGCAAGACCCUUAUCGAUGAACUGGAGGUGAUCGAGGGCAUGAAGUUUGAUCGUGGCUACAUUUCACCCUACUUCAUCAACUCGUCGAAGGGUGCCAAGGUCGAGUUCCAAGAUGCUUUGUUGCUGCUCUCCGAGAAGAAGAUCUCCUCAGUGCAGAGCAUUAUCCCAGCUCUCGAGCUGGCCAACUCACAGCGCAAGCCUCUGGUCAUCAUUGCCGAGGAUAUCGAUGGCGAGGCUCUGAGCACUCUGGUCGUCAAUCGCUUGAAGAUCGGUCUGCAGGUGGCUGCCGUCAAGGCGCCCGGUUUCGGCGACAAUCGCAAAUCCACUCUCACCGACAUGGCCAUCGCCUCGGGCGGUAUUGUGUUCGGUGAUGACGCCGAUCUGGUUAAACUGGAGGAUGUUAAGGUCAGCGAUUUGGGCCAAGUGGGCGAGGUGGUCAUCACAAAGGAUGAUACACUGCUGCUGAAGGGCAAGGGCAAGAAGGAGGAUGUGCAGCGUCGCGUCGAUCAGAUCAAGGAACAGAUCACAGACACCACCUCUGAGUACGAGAAGGAGAAACUGCAGGAGCGUCUGGCUCGUCUUGCCUCUGGCGUUGCUCUGCUGCGCGUCGGCGGCUCCAGCGAGGUGGAAGUCAACGAGAAGAAGGAUCGUGUCCAUGAUGCUCUGAAUGCCACACGCGCUGCCGUCGAAGAGGGCAUCGUUCCCGGUGGUGGCACCGCUCUGCUGCGCUGCAUCGAGAAACUGGACGCAGUCAGCACACAGAACGAGGAUCAGAAACUCGGCGUGGAUAUUGUGCGUCGUGCUCUGCGCAUGCCCUGCAUGACCAUUGCCAAGAACGCGGGCGUUGAUGGCGCCAUGGUUGUGGCCAAGGUGGAGACCCAAACCGGCGACUAUGGCUACGAUGCACUCAAGGGCGAAUAUGGCAACCUGAUUGAGAAGGGCAUCAUUGAUCCCACCAAGGUGGUGCGCACCGCCAUCACCGACGCCGCUGGCGUUGCCUCGCUGCUGACGACCGCCGAGGCUGUGGUCACUGAGACGCCCAAGGACGAUGCUGCUCCUGGCAUGGGCGGCAUGGGUGGUAUGGGAGGCAUGGGUGGUAUGGGUGGUAUGGGUGGCAUGAUGUAAGCAACAUUAGUAAACCACUUUCUCUACACUUCCACACACUGUCGCAUCCAGACAUACAAACACACACACACACACCUUUCAUACGUUUAGGCUCA